UUCAUAAUGUCGAUGUCGUUUCAUACGUUUUGUUGUCUUCAUAAUCGCCAUUGUCGUCAGUCAGUGAGUUUUGUGCGGUGUCGUGACUCUGGCGGUUGUUUAGUUCCUUUCUGGCUGCUGUCAAAUGUCGUCAUGUUUUGAAAAUCUAACGCGUGACACGGUUAAAAUAUUUAAUAAACAAGCAAAUUAAGUCAAACACAAAACAAAAAUUAUUGUAAUAAAAAAAAAGAAUAAAUUGUAAAAACUGAUUAAUUAAAAAAUUAUUACAAAAAAAUAUUAAAUACAAAAAUAAUUAAACAAAUCUUUUUUUUAAAGAAAAUUCAAUUUUGAAUUUUUUUUUUUAUUUCAAAAAAUAAAAAAACCGGUUAAUUUAGAUGACAAGUGAAGUGUAGCAAGUGAAAUUUUUGUUUACCAAGUUUUAGUUUUUUAUAAAUAAAUAAAAAACAAAUUAAAAAAGCAUUUACAUUAAAGCUGGUUGGCCAAUAGAAGAAAAUUGAAAGAAAAAGUCUUAUUCAAAAAAAAGUAUAAAAAAACACACAAUUAUAUACAUAAAUUUUAUUAUAAACAAACAAAAAAAUUGUAAUAAUAAUAAAAACAAAAACAACUAACAGAAAAAGUAAAAGAAAAGUUUUAAAUGUGAAAACUAUAACAAACAACACAAUAUCUAAAGUAUUUCUGUGAGCAAGAAAAUUUAUUAAAAAAAAAUCAAAAAACAAAACAGUAUUCAAAAAGUUUUUAAAGAAAAUAAUUCCAAAUAAAGAAAAUUUAAGAAAAAAAUUAAACCCAAAUAUUAAUUUUUAAUCAUAAAAAAAGUUCCUGUUGAUUUUUAAAAGAAAAACAAAUAAACAAACGUGAAAAAAACAACCAAAACUCUGGAUUACAUUUCAUCACAAACAGUAUUAAAAACCUAAAUAAAAAAAUAAACAAAAAUAAUCUCAAAAAUCUUUAACAUUUAUUGGAUUAACUACAACAACUCUACUACUGCUACUAAACUAGUACUACCACAAAUAACAAAAAUCAGCUCUAAUGGAUUAAACUAAAUACCAACAAAUCAAAUCAAUCAUACAUUCAUUCAAACAAAACAAUUUUGUUUAUUUUGGAUUGUUGAGAAUUUUUUUUGUUUUUAAUGAGCCACAAAAAAAUUCUCAAAUCUUUUUAAUUGACCCCCGGAUUUUUAAGACAUGCAAUUAAUUGUUGACAAAAUUCCCAUGUUUUCGAAACAAACAACAAAACGUAAUUCCAAAAAAAAAAAUGAUGAAAUGAAUGGCCAAGCAGGCUCCUCAAGGGCUCCAGCCUUAGGGGGCCAAAUAUCACCACCUGGCGGUUAUACAGAAGCACAACACCAACAGCAGCAACAAUUCCAGCAACAACAGCAAUUCUAUCAACAACAACAGCAGCAAAAUUUCCAACAUCAACAACAUCAUCCACAUCUCAAUCAGCAGCAGCAACAGCUUCAUCAUCAUCAGCAGCAGCAGCAACAACAACAGCAGCAACAACACCAACAGCACCAGCAACACCAACAACAUUUUUUAAAUCAUGCCAAUAAUUCAUAUCCCGUUAGUGGUGGUGGCGGUUCUUAUUUAGGCGAAUCCGAUAGUUUACGCACUUUAAAUAAUACCUUUGGUCCCAAUUCGGAAUUUACCUCAUCGGCGCUCAAAGAAGAACGUCUACAAUUUCCCGGCGGCCACACUAGAGACAGUGUUAGCGCUGGUGCUGCCAGCAGUGGUGGUGUUAUAAGUCCUGCCUUAACUUCGCCCGCGGCAAAUUCGCAAAGUAAUCCUUCGGCGAAUUAUAAUAAUAUGGUAACAGCUACUGGUGCUCAACAGGCCAAUAUGGAUGCUAUGAGUAGUUAUAGUCAGAUGGGUGGUAUGCACCCUGGAGCCAAUAAUGGCAUGAUGAGUACAUCAGCACAGUCACAACACACGCAUCAAUAUAUGAAUGGUAAUGGUCCUGGUGGUGUUGGUAUGAAUCCAGCGGCCAUGGGUCCCAUGUCGGGUGGCAGUGGUGGCGGUGGCAGUGCAGCAAGUCAAGCCAAUAUGCAAAUGAAUCAAAUGGGUGGUGCAAAUGGUAAUGCAGUUGGCUCUAUGAAUCCAGCUGGUCAAAUGAAUGGCAUGCCAGGUUAUAAUAAUGGUAUUGGGGGACCAGCAACGGCGUCAGCGAGGCAUCAUCAAAUGUCGAGCAUGAAUCAAAUGCAAAAUAUGUCUAUGAAUGGUAUGGGUGGCAUGCAAUCCGGCGGCGGUGGUGGUGGUAUGGGUCCUGGUGGUUCGGCCAGUAGUAUGUCGUUGCAUCAGCAGCAGCAACAGCAGCAAAUGAGUGCCAUGAAUCCUAUGGCUAAAAUGCAAGGUAUGGCCAAUGGUGGUUACAAUCAAAGACGCAUGACACCCUAUCCCAAUCCACAAAUGCAUGCGGCACAAAAGAGAGGUGGCAUGUAUCCCAUGAAUUCUCAAAAUGUUCCUCAACAACAGGGCGGUGGCAUGCCAUACGGUGCUGGACAAAUGCAUCCACAAACGAGUAAUGGUGUACCUUUGCCCAUGCAAGCUGGCUAUGGGCGUGCAGGUCCUAUGGCCGGCUAUGGUAGACCCGGAAAUUGUGGCAGUAUGAGUGGUAUGGGUCCUGGAGGCAUGGGUCCCGGUGGUAUGGGUCCUGGCAGCAUGGGUCCUGGUGGCAUGGGUCCCGGUGGCAUGGGUCCUGGUGGUAUUGGUCCUGGUGGCAUGGGUCCAGGUGGUAUGGGUCCUGGCGGCAUGGGUCCUGGUGGCUGUAUGAGUUCUAUGCAACGUUUUGGCGCUGGUGGUUACGGUCCCAGUUCACAUCAUUCUCAACAGGCACAAUUUUAUCCUGGCUCUCAACCUGGUAUGGGUAUGAAUGGUGGCAGCUCUGCUGGUGGCAUGUGUCCGGCUGGUCCCGGCUCUGCUUCCAGUACUGGCAAUCCUUAUCAAAAUCAAGGUUUUCAACAAAAUUAUCAACACAGUCCAGUUCCUGGCAAUCCAACACCUCCUUUAACACCCGCCUGCAGUGUACCCUACGUCAGUCCAAAUCCUGAUAUUAAACCUCAAAUGGAUAAUUGCGAAGAAAUGAGACUGACAUUCCCAGUACGUGAUGGCAUUAUACUUCCACCUUUCCGUUUGUUACACAAUCUUUCCGUUAGCAAUCAUGUAUUCCACCUUAAGCAAAAUGUUUACAAUACCCUCAUGUGUCGAUCGGAUUUGGAACUACAAUUAAAAUGCUUCCAUCAGGAUGAUAGACAAAUGAAUACCAAUUGGCCACAUACAGUUACUGUAUCGGCUAAUGCUACCCCACUUAAUAUAGAACGUUCCGAGAAGACCGGUCAAGCUUUAAGGCCGCUAUAUUUGAAAUCUGUUUGCCAACCGGGACGUAAUACGUUACAGUUAACUGCUAGUUCCUGCUGUUGUUCUCACUUAUUCGUUUUACAACUAGUCCAUCGACCAUCUGUGCGGCAAGUAAUGCAAAGUUUACACAAACGUAAUCUGCUACCUUUGGAACAUAGUGUGGCCAAGAUUAAGCGCUAUUUUGCCAUUGGUAUGGUGGGCGGCAGUGGUCCAAAUUCACAAAAUCCCGAUGGCUCUAGCAAUGGCAACAAUGUGAAUGAUCCUAACAAAUGUGCAAAGAUCUCAUUGAAAUGUCCGAUCAUGAAAUCUCGAAUACGUUUGCCUGCCCGUGGUCUUGAAUGCAAACAUGUCCAGUGCUUCGAUUUGGAGGGUUAUCUAAUGAUGAACUGCGAACGAGGAACGUGGCGUUGUCCGGAAUGUAGUAAACCUGCGUUAACCGAAAGUCUAGAAAUCGAUCAGUAUUACUGGGCCAUUUUGAAUACACUCAGCAAUACGGAUGUCGAAGAAGUGGUCAUUGAUUCCUCAGCUAAUUGGCGAGCAGUGCAGGGUAACAUACAAGGAAGUCCAAAUAGUAAUACGGGCAGCAGUGUAGGUGGUGGUCCAGCCGGCCCCUCGUCAGCUGGCUCUAGUGUUGGCAAUCCCAAUAAUAAUAAUAGUAAUAGCAUGAGCAUACCGGCCAUAAAACAGGAAAAUUUCAGCGAUGACAUGACUAAGGCUAUGUCGCCCGGUUCAACGCAAUUACCCACAUGGGAUAAUACACAAGCAAUGAGUCCUUAUAACUGUCAUGAUAUGAAUUCUAUUGCCAAUGGUAAUAUGAUGGGCGGUAGCAGUGGCAAUCAAAGUGGCAAUAAUAGUGUCGGCAAUCGCAAUAGUUUCGAUAAUUUUAAUAAUCCACAAACACCGGGUGAUAUGCAACAGCAACAACAGCAGCAGCAACAGCAGCAAGAUUCAGCCCAUCAAAACAACUCUAUGACACAUUUAAAUGAACCUCUAGAUCAACUAAAUGCCAUGGAGAAAUCCCUUAACGAUCAGAUGCCCCAUACCCCGCAUACACCACAUACACCUGGCGGUGCCAGUCAUCCCAUGACACCAGGCGGUCCACCUUCGGUUAGUUCGGCUCACAAUGAGCCUAUGAAUGCUACACCGAAUGGCGGUAAUAAUUCCAGUAAUCACAAUUCGCCACAAACUCCGGGUACUCCCAAUAAUCGCAUGUCUACUGGUGGCAGUAGUCAACAACAAGAUGGUCAGCAGCAGCAACAGCAGCAACAACAAACACAACAACAGUCACAACAAGAACAAAUUAUUAACUCAUUAAUAAAUUCACAAUCAUCCGAUUUGGUGAAUCUCAAUGAGGGCGAUUUAAAUGCCGAACUAAAUAGUUUUGUUCCUUCAAAUAUGAGUCAUGCCGAUGCCGCCAAUGAUUUGAAUCUGCUCUCGGAUGUUGAUCCUUUGGAAAUAUUGUCCUAUUUAGAUCCGCAACCGGAUUUAAAUACCCCACCCUCCAGCGGCUCUAGUAAUAACAAUAACAAUGAAGAUAUUCUGGCCUCCUUAUUUGAUUAAAUUAAUUAAAUUAUUAUAUCUUUAACAUGCUUUAAAACCAACAAUUUAAUAGGUGUGUUCGUUCAUUUCAUAAAACUAAAGUAUAACUGGAAGAAUAAAGAAAUUUUCCGUUCCAAGAAAGUUUAAUAAGAACACAUCUAAUGUAAAUAGAAACAUUUCCUUCAAUAACAACAGCAAAUUCUUUAUCAAAUAAAUAUUAUAAACAAAUAUAUCUAAAAGUUUAAAGAAAACAUCAAGAAUAUUUAGAAAAAUUUAUGAUAAAACCAAUCCCAACUAAAUACAUUGUAAAUAGUAUUACUAAAUUAAAAAAUAUAUAUAUAAUAAAAAGCGUACGAAGUUUAAUUUUAAAACUAACGAAAAAUAUUUAAAAAAAAAAAUUGAAAUUUUGUGAAACAGCAGCUUAUAAAUGUAAUAAAAGCUAUGAAACAAACAAAAGGUGUUUUAAAAAAACUAAACUACACUAAAAACUAAAAGAAAUAAACGAUUUUGAAAACAAUGAAAUGUGAUUUUAAAAAUUAAAACUUUAAACAAAAAAAAUUAAAAAAUAAUAAAAUUAUAUAUUAACACAAAUACAAAAAAUACAGUUAUGGUUUUGAAUUCUAUUUAUAUUUAUAUUUUUUGUUAUAUUUUGCAAAAUUUCAAUUAAGUUUUUAUUAAAAUUAUUUUGUAAUAUUUUAUAGUAUGUAAUAACAAUCGCUUUUUCAACUAUUAUUUUAUUAAAACAUUUUUUUAUUCAAAAUGUUUAUUUUUUUUCUUUUACAACUUGUACAAAGUAUUAAAUUUUUAUAAAAAAAAAACAUUACAAAAAUUGUUAAAUAAUUUUAAAUAAUUAAAAUAUAAUGUAAACCAUAUUCUUAAAAAAUUAUAUUAAAUAAAAAAAACCCUAUUAUGCUUAAAAUUAUACAAAAUAAAUAAUUAGUUUCAUAAGUUGUAAUUUUUAAAUAAUAAAAGCAAAACACAAAAAAUAUAUUCAAAAAUUAUGCAAAAGAACAGAAUUUAAGUAUUUAAGCAUAAAAUUAAAUUAAUUAUUAAGUUGUAUAUACAAAUGAAAAUCAUAAAAUUUAAAAAAUAAAAAUAAUAUACCUAAAUAUAUAAAAAGAAAGAAAGUGUACACAAAUUAUAAAAACAACAAAAUAAACAAAUGUAUUAAAUGAAAAAAAAACAACAAAACCAGAGUAUUUUAUUUUUUCCAAAAUGAUUUUUUUUUAAAUUAAACGCAAUAAAAACUUAACGAAAGAUAAAAAUCCAAAUUUAAUUACAAGUACAAAAUCAGCUUUUUUAAAAGCUUUGUUUUCUUAAAAAAAAAGAAAUUUUCAAAUAAUAUUAAAUUGAAUUUCAAAUAAUUUGCAUAUUUAUUAACAGCCAAAUAAAACCAAGGACCAAUUUUUUAUCACAAACUCCUUUCCACAAACAAA